GCUUUGAGAAAUUUACAGACAUCUAAUACGAAAAUAAAUCAUGGACAACAAGUAUUUCAUGGUUAACUAUGUAAUAAAUUUUUUUUAAAAAGAAGAAAGAUACUUUGCUUAAAAUCAACUAGAAGGACCCGAAGAUAUUCUAAUUAUUUUUUUACUUUUUCAAUUGAAAGAAUACAAAUAAAUCAUAGUACUCUAGUUUCAGCAACUUUUGCACUAAGUCGGAUGAAAGGGGAUGCAGCCUGAUGAGAAGACUAAUUAGCUUUAGUAUUAUAUUUGCAUAAGUUUUCUGAUUUUUGUAAAACAUAAGAUGAAGAGAAUGGCAUGUUCAGGUUUCGAAGAUCACUUGCAAAUGGAGAAGCUGAUUUUUUUUUCAUAAAAAAAAAAAAUACAAGACCGGUUGAUUUCAAAAAUUGACUGGUCAAAUAAAAAAAAACUCUCAUAAAUUUUUUUUUUAAAAAAAAUCAAGUCACAUGAUUUUCUUAUUGUCUGGAUGUUUUUUUGUCACUUCUUAAGAGUACCAUAUCGACAUCCCUCUCAUGCACAAUGUUGAGAGGAAACAUACGGUCCUUGGGGAAUUCCACAAGAAAGACUUUUCAUGGCAAAAUGACAUAUUCCCAUGGGGCUAACUUUUGCUAGGUCCUUUCCCUGGCAAGAUGACAUAAUUCAGACAUAUCCAGCAUUGAACUAGGUUGAAAUUGGAUAGAGAACUAAGAUAGUGUUUGAUUGCGAAGUAAGUCGGGGAAUAUCUCCGAGGAAGAGAUAUAUCUCUCCGAAUUCUUGCUGCACACCAAAAAAAUUUGGGCUUAGAUCAUGAUGCAUGAUAUGAUAUUCCCUCACAUGGUAUAAACCUAUCCCGGCAAAAUGAUAGAAUAAACUUAUAUCACAACCAUUUUAUCCUUAUCCACUUUAUAAAAGAAUACAUUAAUUGAAUUUUGUGAGAUAAAAUCUCUUAUGAAGGUAAUUUGGUCUUUGAGAUACAAUCUAUUACAAAGUUCAAUAUGCAUUAAAUGAAGCUUCUUCCCUUCAUCUAUUCCUUACGCUUAUUUCUCCAUCAAAUAGCAAACCAUGCCUACUGCAAAAUAGAAAGAUCCCUCCUACUUAUUCUGCAACUAAACACCACUUAAGACUCAAAAGUCUGGACCCAAGGGUUUUGGUCUACCAGAAAGGAAUAUCUAAGUCGUGAGAACCCUAGAAGUUAGGUCCAGAUUAACACAAAUUAGACCACCUAACCAAACCAUUCUGAGUCCAAGUUAACGAUUCCUAAAUUCUAAAUUUCUAAUUUAUGAACUAAACCAAAUGUGCUGUCUGAGCUCCGAGUACUAUGGCCCACAUGAAGGUUAGAUAAAGAGCAAACAAACAAAAAUCUACUGAGAUCUGUUUUUUUUCAUCAUUCAUGGCCUAUUUGGCAGGGGGUUGUUGGCUUCCCCUGUGCGGUUUUACCCUUUCUUCUUGCCAAGAUAUACUGAGGGUGAGGUGUAGCAGUAUUAUAUCUCAUUGACCCACCAAAUUAAAUGAAGAGAUUUGAUGAGAGAAGACCAGCCAGGAAGCCAACCCUAUUCGGUUCUCCUAGUGCACUGAUUGCUGAAGAAGUCAAUGCACCCCGUUUGUGGCUUCCUCACAGACUCCAAGGCAUCCGGAAUGGAGGUGAAGUCUUCAAGGGUGGAGGCGCAAAAUUUUAUUUGCCUUCUUGUUGCUCUCAAAUCCUCUAGUUUUCUGCUUUAGAGUUGCAGGUAAGUCUCUUCUCCUUCAACUGAUAUUGAUUGAAAUAUAUCCUGUACUUUAAUGCUGUCCAAUGAGAGAAUCAGGAAAAGUGUAUUUUAAUAAAGAAAGGUAGUGCAAAAUUCCAUUGCAGCAUCUUUCAUGAACAGUUCUUUCUUACUUCUCUCUUUUUUUUCUUUCCUUUUUUUAAAGUUUUGGCAGUAAUUAACUCUUCAACUCCCUCUUCUUUCUUUAUGUGAAGCAGAUCCUCAUGAGUAAUCUCUUGUGAACCACGACUCUUCAUGUGCUUUCGGAAUUGCAGGAGAUCCUUGGGAGCAAAAUCUCUUAUGAAAUCUGGCAACGAAGUUUUAGAUUCCUGCAGUAGUGCUUUGUGAGUUCCAGAACCUGUACAGCUUUCAUCCAGGACUAGCGCUUGGCUUGGGGAGUUGAAUUUGACCUUGUAAUUUUUUAAGGUCAUGCUUUUGGACAAUUUAAGAUCAGUUGUUUCCAAAUCUUUACGAAAGACUCUUCUGGUCGGCUGUGAGAAUGGAAAUGAAACAGUUGAAUGUGGGAUGACGAGAAAGUCCAAAUCCACCUCUGCAGUUGCAGUGGAUUGCCGAAGAGGCGAUGAAGGCCUGGAUCCGAUCUCUUUUGGUGGCGGUACGGCGGCGGCCAUGGCCUCCAAGAAAAGCACAGAAUUGCAGUUACUGGAGGUAUCCAGAGGAGCUCGUGAACUGACACAGAUGAUUGAUUCAUGGUCAAAGGUGCCGGAUCUCGACAGGCGAUCGAAAGAGAUUGCAGAAGAUAUUGUGAGAGGUGCUUUGGAUCUCCAGGAGUCGUUGAUCAUGCUUGAGAGAGUUGAAGAAGCCGCGAAGACGAAAUCUCAGAUAAAGGACAGAGGACGAUCAGGCUUCAUGGAAGAAAGAGGAGCUGUUGAAGAAGAAGAAUUUCGCACUCAGUUAAUGGGCUCCAGAAGAUCUGAAAUCGGCGGUUACAGCAACAGAUUGCAGGAACAAAGACUCUGCUAUGAUCAGUCCUCGAGGAGUCUGGGUAACAAGUUAAAGAAUGCGAGCAGAGACAGCAUUUACGGACAAAAUCUUCGGCCGAUCUCUUCUGAUGAUGAAACAGCUUGUUCAAGUCGUUCAUUGGGAUACUCUGCAAGCAGCGGACUUGAUGAUGCUUGUUAUGAUGGAAGGGGAAAAGCAAAGAGCUCUCAGCCUGCGAAGGUGAAAGCACCAAACUUGAUUGCAAAGCUUAUGGGUUUGGAUCAAGUUCCUUCAGCAGCUGUCCUUCCCAUUAAGAGAGAAGAUAAGAGUGACGAGAGCUCACUCUUAAAUCCACCAAGACUUUCCUUCGAUAUCAAGGUGCCCAAGGCAGGGAGGGUGCCAAUGAUGGAUCAGAAUCCCAAUCCAGAGAGAGAGACUCUACAGAAUAUCAUCGAAACAGCGAAAUCUAAAGAGCUCAUGAAGAGUGAUCAUGACAAAGAUUGCAGAUUUCAAUCGAGUUCUUCGAGUGCUUCGCAGUCGGAACUAUAUGGUGGAACUCCCUGCACACAUGAACAAGUCCCGACAGUUAUGAUCAUGAAACCUGUGCACUUGCCAUGUCCGAAGAGAGGACAGGUUCAAAAGGAUCCUCUUUCAGCUCCCAUUUCUGUAAAGAAAGUAGCUCAAUCGGUUAAGUUAGAACAACAAGAGAUUGUUGCUGAUAAUGGUCCUCUUCUAUCCAGAAAAUCAGAAGGAAGCAAAGCAAGGAGAUUAGAGAGGACAAAAGUGGGAGCAUCUCAAAAGAGGAACACUCCGGCUUCUUUAUGUCACAAGCAACAGAGAAGAGAACCAGUAAAAACACUCAAAAAAGCUUAUGAGGGGCAAAAACCAUGGUUAAAUGGGAUGCAUGGUGGAGAGAAAAAGGAUGUGAAAGCUAUGGCGAUUCCAUUAUCUCAGGCGAAAGCAACUACUAAAGCACCAAUUAAGACCGAUAAAAGACUGGCUGCCCCAAAGAAUGCUUCGAGACCAGUAAAUAUACCAAGAAAGCCUACUAUGGCAUCCCCACAAAAACCCAAAUCACAAAAUUCCACUGCUCUUGCAACAGACGGCAAGACCACCAGAACAAAACCAGUCACGAACGGUAUCAAGGCAAUUACUCCAAAGAGUAAAGCACAUGAUAAGGAAAUCAAUCCUUCCUACCGGUCGGAUGAUGCAUCAACAAGGAGCAAUUUGCCUGCUGAUGACCCCCCUAAGCAGGAAGAGGAGACCAAGUCCUGCAGCAAAGAUCACAUAAGAAAAGACUGUAAAGUAAUUUGUGAAGUCAUGCCAAAAGCCAGCAAAGGUGGAAGAAGCUCUGGGACAACAGAAGCAGCAGCUAUUCCGGUUUCCGAUAACAAAACUGCUACCCAAAAAGCAGCUGGAAUAGGAGAUGAGCUGAAAAAAUUUCUCCUGAGCAGCCGAUCAUUCCUUGUCCAUGCAGAAGAACUCUUCGGUUUUGAUGCUUAUCGACCUUUAUAUGAACCAAGAAAUGGCCUAGAAGAUUUUGGGGCGAGAAAUGAAAAGCUCUACUUUGGUUGUGCUGAGGAGCUAAUGGCACGUAAAAGCAAUCAGAUAGAGCUCUCAAACCAUCCAAUGUCCAAGACCUGCUUAUGUAGCCCUUCAGCGUAUGCCUCUCUUGAUCAUUUGGUUGGGGACAUCAGCAGUGGAAUUGGCAAACUAAGUAAAUAUGGUGAAGUUGGCGAUGAUGUCACUUCCAAGGAUGUUCUUUAUAUAAGAUUGGAGAGAGAUCUCAGAUGCAAGGAAUUGUUGUUAGAUGCUAUGUGGGAUAUUGGCUGGGGGAAUAAGAUUUGUCUGGAAGAGGCAGACCAAGUUGUAGUUCAAGUGGAGGAGCUCCUCUUAGAUAGGCUUGUUGAGGAGGUUUCUGUGGAUUUAGCAUACUGAACUUCUUUAAAUUUUUUUUCUCUCCUUUGUUUGUUUUUGUCCGGCAGACCAACCAUGCCUAGGUGUAUUGAUGCAUUGAAAAUAAAAUUGUUAAUGAUCAGCUCUGUAAUA